AUGCACGAGCCGCGGCUCUCUCUUAGGAGGGUCGUCGGCACCACUUGUCGCUCCCCGACGGGCUUUGAUACUGUCAAUUCCUCCUUUGCCUACAUUGCUGGGGGUGCCGUUGUGGUCGUCGAUGUCGACGGCCAGCUUUAUUCACAGCGUUUCUACAGAGCUCGUCCUACAGCUGUGCCCAUGUAUUCAGUAUCAAGUUCGCAGAAUGCUCCUUCAACUCCGAUUGUAACGACGCCUAAAGCCAAUGACAGCCGCAAUCGAGUGGCUCUAAACUGCAGGGAUUCGGGAUGCAGCCCGGUGGACUGGGCGACUGAUCCGCCGAGCGGUUCCAGAACGUGGACAAGCCGGGAGAGGAUCAAAGCUGCUACGUGCCUAGCUUUGAGUCCGGAUGGCAGGUAUCUGGCAGUGGGUGAGACUGGAUAUGCCCCCCGAGUCUUGAUUUUCAGCCUUCUGGACGCGUCGUCGGACACGCCGCUAGUCUCUAUCAGCGAGCAUGCGUUUGGGGUCACGGCGGUCGCUUGGUCUGAAGAUUCCAAAUACCUUGCGUCGCUCGGCGCCGCCAACGAUGGCUUCCUCUUCGUCUGGAAGAUUGACCCACGAACUGGAGCUGCCAAGCUCUUUCGGCAAAACAGAUGCACCUCAUUUGUCAAAGACAUGGUUUGGAUUGGUAACAGUCUCAUUACCUUGGGUGUGCGCCACGUCAAGGCGUGGAAAAUUGAGGAUGGAACCUCUGUCUCGCCGACCAAGUCCAAGUUUUCGGGUGAUGCGACGCCAUCCACCCCAACAUCACAAAAGACCUUGCCUGGCCGAAAUAUGCUUUUGGGCAGCUUGUUGGACGCCACUUUUAGUUGUGCUGCCGUUGACGGCAAGAGUCUUAUUCUCUGCACAGAGGCUGGUGAUGUCUGCAUCCUCGAUGAUGACGAUAGGCAGAUGAAAUUGACAAAAGUCUUGAACCUGGAGUUCACCAUCACAACAAUCACAAUUCGUAACAACGUUGCAUAUGUUGGCGGCAAAGAUGGCCAUUUUGCAACACUUGAUGUUGAAGGCGUCAUGGAUGGCUGCGCAGCGAGUGUUUUGACGACCAGCCAAACAUCGGCUGGUGUUGUCGCUCUCGGUUUUCUUCCGCAUAAGUUGGUGACCAUUGAUUCAAAGCAGUCAAUUGAUAUUUGGAAUCCCGACUAUUUACCCGGACAACCUGUCGAAGCUGUCGCUCAUAUCCCGAUUCCUGGGCAUGGAGAACCCAUCAUCGGCGUUCAUUCGUUGUAUCGACCGAACAAGGCAAACGCUGCCUUUGUCACCUGGUCUGCGUCAGGCAACGUAACGUUUUGGGAUGUAGAUGGACAGGUCAAGCUGACUCUCGAUGUCCCUGUCGACAAUUCAGAUUCAGACAAUGAGCUCGCUUUGCCAAACCAGCUCACGAGCGCCCGCACCACAAAGAGUGGAAAGCUACUAGUUACAGCGGAUCGUCAGGGAAUCGUGAAAGUCGUCGACGUAGAUUCCAAGGACUACCUUUUGGAUAUCAAGGCACAUUCAUCAGACUGUCUUUGCAUCAGUAUAUAUGACGAGGAGUCGAAGUUUCUUAUGGCCUGCUGCGGCAGAGACCGGACUGCCCAGUUAUUUCACCGACUCUCCACCGGUCGGAUUGAGCAUUUCCAGACUCUUGAGUUUGCUGCAAAGGUUAUCCAGGUGCUCAUCCCGGCAGAUGACAAAGUCAUCACGUGUUCACUUGACCGUACGUUGCAGGUACACGACAUCGUCUCCCGAGAGGGAGAGCCUGAUAUUAUUGCAGCCAUUCCCUCCAAGGUUAUUUCUUUAAAAUCAUCACCUACUUCAAUGACCAUGGGUUCAGACAACAGGACUAUUUUUGUUUCUUCUUUGGAUCGGUCCAUUUACCAAUACGACUUGGCAAGUGGUAGACAAAUUUUCUAUUUUAAAUGCAUGGAUGAGGGCGGUGUAGAAGCCGCCGUUUUGGAUUCCUUGUUUGUAGGCCAGUGGCCCACUAAGGACCUUGACUUUUUGCUGGGGUCAUCAAAUACUGAUAAAUCCAUACGACUCUAUGACGCCAAUUCAGGCUCAUUUUUGGACAGAGAAUGGGGUCACACAGAAGCAAUCAACGGCGUCUCUCUAGUCGAAGAUGACGACGGCACGAGGAAAGUUGUCAGCGUGGGUUCGGAUGGAACGAUUAUGGUUUGGACGCUGGAUCUAAACGAUCCUUCACCGAGGUCGAUGAGUAGGGAUCCAUCGCCGGUGAAGGAGGGAAACAACAAUAGUAGUCGACCGACGUUGCGAAAGGUUUUAUCUAAGGCGGAGCUGGCCGAAUUUCAACGUCCGUCACCAUCGCCAGCGGGACGUCGGUCACCUCCACGAUCAUUGCGCCGCCGAACAUCUCGACUCAAUCUUGGAACCGCCCCCUCAGUAAAUCGAACACCGGUUGGAAACCUGGCAACCAGCCCAAGUGACAGCGCCAUCAGUGAAGACACCCCAUCAAGGAGAAGGCCAUCGGAGAUUAACAGGGGUGACAGUCCUCCUGCCAGCCCAAAGUCGAGGGUUAGUAGAAGGCCCUCCAUGCCAGUUUUGUCCGCUGUUGCCAAGAGGAAGUCUUCGUCAAAUCUUCGCGGGGGCGGCUCUUUGAAUAUGGCAACAGAGCAGGCUUGCCGCACUCUGCGUGCAUACAGAAAGAAGCUGUCGUCUGCUGAGCCUAUUACUGCUGAAGGCUUGACGGAACUGGAUCAAGAAUUGCGUCUCACAGCUGCUGCGCUUGGUGAUCGCGCCAUCAGAAGCAAAGCUAUGAACGAGACAGUACUCAGCGGCCUUUUAGACCAGUACUCGGAGAGGCUGGUUACUUUAUUGGAUGAAAAAUUGCGGCUUACCAACCAGCUCCCCAAGGAUCGGGAAAUUGAGACCACCAGCAGUGACGAUCGACCUCGCAGUGCGGAUGGCUCGUCAAGCUCCUCGUCUCCAUAA